GCGGGGAAAGGCCUCCGCCCGGCCCGGGUUCCCUCCGCUCCGGUGGGGGGAAGCAGGCCGCGUCGCGGCCGGUACCGCCAGGCCCCGAGCCUCCCGCGCGGGCGCCCUUCGCCGCCGGGCGGUGCGGUGCGGCGUUCCUCGGUUCCCCGGGCCGAGCGGCUCCCCCUGGGUUCCUCUCAGCUCAGGCCGGGUUCCUCUCGGCCCCGCGCUGCUCCUCUCCCUGCCCGGCCCCGCGCAUCGCCGUUCCCACGGGCUCGGUGCGUCCGGAGAGGCAGAGCGCGUUCGGGAGGGCCGUUGAUUAGACUGGAAAUCCCGCCUCUGGCCCUGCGGAGUUACGGCGUCGUGCCUUCCUUUAGCAGCAGUGCCUGUGGGGAAUGUGCUGCGAUUGACAGAUCGCCCCUCCGUUCCCCGUAGAGCUUCAGGGCCCGACUAACUCUGGGUGCACUCGGUUGUCAUCGUAAUUUCUCCUUUAGUUUGCUUAAAACCAAACUUUUGUGUUUGUUUCUUAAAGAUUGGGAUUAAGAGGUGCCUGUUUGCUCCGGUUUGGUAAAGGGCAGGAGUGAUGUGUGAGAUGACCUCACAGAAGCACUGCAGAGGUGGGAAUGUUCGGCUCCUUAGCAGACCUGUUCUCUGAGCUCUGGGCCUUUCUUGGGAAGUGCAGCUCUGUGUUAUUUCAUCCUAAAAAAACCAAGAUAUUCCGAGGAUAGUUGGCUUGAAAGCCCAUGUCAGAACCACCACUGUGCUGUGUGUGAAUUGGACAGGCCUCGGGCUGAGCAGCUGAGGUGGGUUGGUUGCCAGAUGGUGGCUGGAAGGUGCGUCAGCACAAAGGUUUGUCUGGGGCAGAGUUCCUCCCCCUCUCCCUUCCCUCUCAAAUGGCUGUUUCCAGGGGAAAUGGGUUAUUUUUUGAGACUUCGUACAGUGUUUCAGUGAGGAUGAUGAAUCAUCCUUACUCUCUUAGUAAAUUGCUGCCAAAGCCCAGCAGUGAUUUCAGAAAUAAAAAAGGAAUGAGUGUGUUUUCUCCCCUUAGAGAGGCAGCAACUUCAUAGUACCCUUCAUCUGGAAGAGGUUCCCGGUGGCUGGUCAGGCACUAAGAAGGAAAGGGACAGAGAACCACUCAAUGUCAGCGUAGGAAAAAAAGGAGUUAUGGACUAAGAGAGAGAGGAACUCAUUAAAAAUUGGUACUCUCUAAAAAUCUGUUGAGGACUGGGAUUUGCAGGUCCUGCCUCCACGUGGUGUGUUGUGCCUGGUGUUGCUGCACAAGAUGGGGGGCAGGACUUCAUUGAACGGGCUGUGUUACAGCUCUCAUUGUUACCUGGAAGAAGAGCAAAGACUGCAAGGUGUGAGCCCAGAGCACCUGGAAAAGACAGGGAGUUUUCUUCACGAAAGCAAUGCUUUCAGAAGUGCUUUCGCAGAAAUUCAGACAAACACUUCUGUUGCCUGACGCUUCUUUUUGCCCCCAGCACAAUGGAGUGCUGCCUUUCCUGCCCCUCUCUGUGAGGUUGCUGUGCUGUGAGUCUGCUGCAGGGUGAGUGGAAGCAGAGACUUUGCAAGGGAAAUACUUCAUGCUGUAGGUAAACAACAACAAAAACAGCUGGGUAAACGUGGUCAUCUUCCUCUAACAUAUUAGUUGAAGCACAGAAAAAUCCUCCUCCCUUCAUGCUGUUCUCUGCAGGACUGGAAACUGGAAAGCAAGACUGGGGAAUAGAUGGUGGUGUUUGGUGCUCAGGAAGGCAAGGUGCAAAAGAAACGAGCUGCUUCCUUUGUGCUACCUGUCUUCUUUUGGCAGGGGCUGCUCUGUGUCUGUCUGUCUGUCUGUUUGCGCACCGAGUCCCGGCUGCUGUGACCUCAGUGUAGGAAUUCUUUUGUACAGAACAAACUUGAAAUCUCUUGAUAUAAAAACUUGGCUGGUGUUCUGGAGGAGAAAGGCAGUCUCUAAAAAGGUGAAGCAGACUGCUGAGAUGUGCUGAGUGCUCCAGAGUUACUCGCUGUGCGCAGGCUCCCAGGGCGCAGCGCUUUGGUCUGUCAUGCUGACAGGUGUGUUUGGGGUCACCUGUUAUAAAAUUGAAGGGCUUGCAGGGAGCACAGGGCUGUGGGAUAUUUCUAGGUGUGUUUUCUUCCUGCUCCCGAGUCCAGAUCCCUUCCAAUCGCGAGCAGGAGAACCGAAGGCCGUGAGUGCAGUGCUGAGCUGUGUGUGCCACAGAGCAGAAGCCAGAGUGUUUGUGCCCAGCUCCGUGCUGAGGUUGUUAGGAGCAGAUGUGUGUGGGCAUCUGUGCCAGAUGAUCUGGUUGUGAAGGUGCUAAAGGUCAGAAGGGAGCACUGCUGUUGGAGAAGGAAUCUUUGCCCUUAACUGCUGUUUUUAUUCCCUUUGUCACGCAGUCGAGCCAGCAACUAAUGUGAGAACCCGACUUCUCCUCUCUUUAUUUUAGAUUUGGGAAAAUUCCCUGCCAAAAAAUAUUUCCUGGAAAAUUCCCUAGUGUUUGUGUGAGUAAAAGGUUCCAACCUUUCCUUAUUGAUUGUCGGAAAUCCUUUGCACAGAAACGUGCAGCACUUUAACGAAAGAGUUCAGAAUCACUUUAAUUUGCACUUCGUCUGGCCUGGUUGCAGGUUUUACGGCAUUUAAUAUCUUUAAAACAAGUGAAAUGUCAAAGCAUUCGAUUUCACACCAGAAAAAAGCCAACCCAGCCCAAGCCCUUCUUGAGGCUGAGCAAAACGCGCUGCAGCCGAGCCGGGCGCGGCGAGGGAGCGGCACGUGGCGAACGUGCGGCGCCCUGCGGUGCAGAACCGACCCGCACAAAGCCGGCCGAUUGAAGAUGCUCCGUACCGUGCAGCCACGCCGUUCGCAAAGCGAGGCUUCCCCGCCUCGCCGCUCUGUUCGCUCCGCCCGCUCGCUGCCUGCAGCCCCGCGCGGCGCCUUGCCUCGCGCCGCCUGCAUGCGCCCUGUGCGCUGCCCCCGAGGCGCUUCCCUCCGGCCGCGGUGCGCUCCUCUGCCCGUGCCCGGCUCCCUGCCAUCCCUGCCCCCCGCCCCUGCUCUCGCUGCCGCUCCCGCCCGCUGUGUUUGUGUGUCGAUGCGCACUGGCAUGCUUGUGCUGUACAGGUAAUAAAGACGGGGGAAGGUUUUUGUGUUUUCUUAAUAGGUGAAGAAAUCUUGAAGACCAGAAAUUCCAACUUACAGAAUUUUAAAUUUUAAAAAUAUAAUAGAAUUAAAACAAAAAUUGCCCGGCUGUGGAAGACGGAGCCUCAUUUUUGCAGCCGCUUUGAUCACGAGUUCGCCUUUAAGUGCGCUGGGUUUUUUCUUUUUUUUUUUUUUUUUUUCCCUUUUUUCCUUUUUUCUCCUCGAAGAGCUCACUAACCCUGGCUGCCUCCGCUCUGAGAGCAUUCCAAUGGACUCGCUUCCUCCAUUAGUUGUAAGAUGUUUAAGAGCACAUCCCGUGUUUGACUUGUGGAUGAGAGGUUCCCUUGGCAAAGUGAGGAGGAAAAUUCUUUCUACCCCUUUAUUAUUAAUUCACGGAUUCAGUGUUGGUUCGGCCUACAGGAGAAGUUAACUGGAAGGCUUUGAAGAUCGCUGUCUUUGCUGAGGUUGUCCAGGGUUCCUUUUAAAAAGAAGAUUUUGCUGAUCCAGGCAGUAGAAGACGUUCAGUCCGAGGAAGCACGAGCCAACUCUUAGAGCACAGGGGACUGCAAGAGAUCCUUGGGACAGAGCUGCUUCCGAGAGCUCGCCCAGCAUGUCGAAGCAAGGAGAUGAUUGCUAUUUCUACUUCUACUCCACCUGUAACAAGGGAGACAGCUGUCCCUUCCGGCACUGCGAAGCUGCUCUGGGCAACGAAACCAUCUGCACGCUGUGGAAGGAGGGCCGCUGCUUCAGGAAUGUCUGCAGGUUCAGGCACAUGGAGAUCGAUAAGAAGCGCAGUGAGAUCCCCUGCUUCUGGGAGAACCAGCCGGGAGGCUGCCAGAAAUCCAACUGUGCCUUUCAUCACACCAAGGGGCGUUACGUCGAUGGGCUCUUCUUACCACCAAGCAAAACCACGCUGCCGAGUCCGCCGGAGUCUGCAGAUGAUGAUCUGAAGGCAGCUCAGAUAACACUGCAGCAGAGCAAGCUUUCUGUGCAGUCCAACCCCUCUCCACAGUUGAGGGGAGUGAUGAAAGUGGAAAACUCAGAAAAUGUCCCAAGCCCUACGCACCCUCCAGUUGUAAUCAAUGCUGCAGAUGAUGAUGAAGAUGAUGAUGACCAGCUUUCUGAGGAGGGAGAAGAAACAAAAGCACCUGUCCAGCAACCAGCUGAAGAAAACCAUAACGGAUUGCGGAUAAUUUCCACCAGGAAAUCUAAUGCUGAUACAAAACAAGAUGACACCUUGAAUUUUGGAAUAAAAACGCUGGAAGAAAUCAAAUUGAAGAAACAAAAGGAAAAAACAAAAAAACAGAGCGAAGGGCCUUCAGGAGUUCCUGCUCAUCCGCUCCAAUCUCGGGCUGUUCCUGUGCCAGAGAAGGAGAACGUGAGGACAGUGGUCAGAACUGUGACACUGUCUGCAAAGCAAGGGGAGGAGCCUGUGGUUCGAUUGAGUAUUGCUGAGAAACCUGGAAAACGGAAAGCCUCUGUAGCUGAUGUCAGUGGCCUCCCGCUGAAGCGCAGCCUUGCAGAAAGGCUGGGGAAGAAGAUUGAGGUUGACAAAGCACCAAGGAGAGAGAAGGGUGCCAAGCCAGCAGCAGAGAUCCACGUGAAAACGCUGGAGGAGAUCCGUCUGGAGAGAGCUAACCAGAGGGGAGAAAGCCCAGCUGCCCCCCAGGCAGAGAGCUGCUGCAGGGCAGAGGAUCCCAGCGCAGGGGGGAGGCCUCCUCCUGUGGGUCGCAUCAAAACCUUCUCGGAAGCCCUGGCUGAAAGGAAACACAAGCGACUGGAAGAAGAGAAACAAAAAGGAGAGGAGUUGCUCACUGAGAAGAGAGCUGAGGGCGAGCGCAGGAAGCAGAGAAUUCUGCCUCCAUCGGUGCCUGGUAAAGUGAAAUUGGAAGAGCCAGCACGUAAAAUCAAGCCUUUGGAAGAAGUGCAUAUUAAAACCUUGGAAGAAAUCAAGCAGGAGAAAGCUCUGCGGAUGCAGCAGAGUGGGGAAAACGUUUCAGCUGCAGCAGCACAGCCUGGGCCUCCCCCUGCAGGGAGGAAGCUGUUGCGGAUCACAAAGCUAGCAGCACCUGGAAGAGAAGAGAAGAAGGCUGUGGAAUUGAGCAGGGCUUCUCCCAAGGCUGUUUCUGCACCUGCAGAGCCCUCGGAUCAGAGCACACCAAAUUCUAAAGCUCAAGUGAAGAGCCUUGAGGGGACAAUAAAGGAGAAGCCGCAGCUGAGACAGCCAGACAAGCUGAAGAAGGAAGUGGCUGCUGUGCCACCUGCUGCUGAAGAAACAGUCAAAGCCAAGUGCAAGGUGAGCGCGAAGCCUGCAGACGGCAAAGCCGGCGCCCCCUCGAAGCGGGCGCUGAAGAGGAAGGCGGCUGAGAUCUCUCCCUCUGCUGUGGCAGCUGUGAAACCUCUGAGUAGUGCUGGAAUUGAGGAGCCUCCAACUAAAAAAGCAGCUCUGACUGCUGCUCCAGCCCUGCCAGAUGACAGCCUGCUCACCAAGCCUGGCGCAGAGAAACCCCCCAGCAGCCUUGAACUGCAUCGGGGGAGCCAAGCAGACCAUGGGGAGCAGUCGGAGCACUCGAGUGCAGCUUCAGCUUCUUCCCAGUCGGCGGCCAAAGCGCAGCAGCUGAGCUCCACAGGGGCUGGGAAGGCGCCCUUGUCUGUGGAGGAUGACUUUGAAAAGCUGAUCUGGGAAAUCUCAGGAGGGAAACUGGAAGCAGAAAUUGACUUGGACCCGGGGAAGGAUGAGGACGACCUCCUUCUUGAACUUUCUGAGAUGAUUGACAGUUGAACUGCAGUCUUAUGGUAUAUAAAAAAAAAAUUAAAACUUUUUUUUUUUUUUUUUUUUGUUGGAUGCCCCGGGUGAUCCUUUUUCUGAAGGAGGCUUCACCGUGAGUCUUAAAGCACAGUUGAACUGGUAGAAAUUGGCAGCCUGCAUUCCGUUGUCCUGAGUUUUCCUGCUGGUCAGAGCUGAGGUCCUGCGCGUCCAUUCCCUGAUCCUGGUUGGCUCCUUUCAGCAGCAAGAGGAGAAAGCAGCUCUGACUCGGCCCUGAGGGCGUCCAGUGCGCUGCGCUGGCUGCGAAUUGAUCUGAUCCAGGGAUGCUCUGAAGGCUUAAAGCUGAAGCUUCUUCCUUCCUCCUCCCUUGGCCGCGCUCAGCGUGGGGAGCAGCUGGAAGCUUUGCUGUUCCUGUUUCUUGGGAGCUGCCGUGUCUCUGGAGUUCUGCCGGCUCUUGUUCCGUUUGUGUUUGCUUUUGUUUUGACUUGAAUCCCUCAAGGCAACUUCAUGACGGCGGAGGGCUGGGAGGGAGCAGAAUUAUUCUGGUGUUUUGGACCAAAAGUGCCACCGAGGCUGGGGGCUCCGCGCUGCCUCCCGGUUCUCAGCAGCGAUGCGGCAUCAGUGGAGAAGGAGCCGCGCGCUGCAGUGCGUUGCUCUCGCCCCCUUUUUUUUAAUCGUACUUCCGACGCGUUCUGGUCGGAGCCGGGUGCCGGGCCGAGCGGCCUGCGUUCCUCUGCUCCGCGGCAGGUGGGGCUGUCGAGGAUCGGCGGCGGCGCCUCUGGGCUCCUGGGGCUCCCUGCGCUGGGGCCGGAGCUGCUGCGGCACCGGGCGCUGUGCGAGGGCAGCAGGGAGCGACGUGCGGCUGUGGCCCUGCGGGACGGCUGUGCCGCUGCCCCCCUCUGCUCCGUGUUUUCCCUCGCAGAUAACUUCGGGAUUAUUUUCUUGUAGCAGAACUUCAGGCUUUUCCUACUGUGACGUGUGAUGCCGCAGGGGCUCCCAGGCGUUUGCUGCCGGCAGAGGCGUUUAUUGUAAAUACUUUAUUUCUGUGCUGUGCCGCCCCGCAGCGAUGCUCAGCUCAGGUGAGCGGAGCGCAGCCGGCCGGGCCGCUGGGGGCAGCGCUGUGGGCGCCGUGCAGCCCUGGGCCGGCCGAAGGAUGCCGUGAUUCAGCAGAAGAUGAUGUGAUUUUCUGCUGUCAGCCUUCGCCUCUGGGUGGGACUCUGCCCGUUUUGUGUAUGCCGUUAUUGUUACUGUAAAUAUUUUAUCUUUCAUUUUAUAUUUGCCUUCUAUUUAAGAUAUUGUAUGAACGUAGUCAGGCUCCUCUGUUUGCGCCAGCGGCUCCCGGCUGUGUUUUUAAAUAAAGCUGGCACAGGACAGCAGUGCUGUACGUCUGUCU